GACCCCGGCCGAGACACCGCCAACGGCACGGCUUCAAGAAUCAAGAUGCAGAAUGAAAUGCACGCUCAAUGCCCCAGCCAUGGAAACCUGACACUGCGCGAACAAGGACAAGAGCGUCAAAUCACUCAUCUCACGUGACCCUCCUCGCAUCUGAUACGAUAACGGGUAUCACGUUGCAUACCUAACCCCAAGGUUCACCCUUCUCAAUCAACCCUGCCCCUUCCAAGGGUGACACCACGAAAACCGACGGGUGACGAGCUGGGCAUCAUACAGGCACAAGUAUGAUACGGUAGCAGGCUACAGGCAUCAAAGCAAAUCCGUCAAAGCAGGGUAACAAAACAAGCACUCGGUUAUCAUAUGAUGCCGAUCCCUUUCCCUCAUCCUCCGCUUUUCGCCAUGCCCCCGUUGAAGGGAUGUAAUAUACCGGCACUGUAGGACCAGGCAUCCUCUCCCUUCAUCCACCCACCCUCCCUCCCUCAACCUUUCCUCUCCACCUUCAUAAUCACCCUAUCAAACAGUAGACACGGUAACACCCACAACCAUGGCCGAGAAAUCCACCGACGACGCCGCUCUCAAGGCCCGCGUCAUAGCACACAUGAACAAGGACCACAAGAAAUCCUUAAGCCACUACCUCCAACACUACUCAAAACUCCCCCCGGCAAUUGCAGACACAGCCGAGCUCACCAACAUCUCGCUCUCGCGCAUCACCCUCUCGACCCGCUCCUCGUCUACGGGGACUGAGACAACGUACCUCCCCAUCCGCCCCUCGCCCAUGCAGAACCUGUCGGAAUCGAGGGAACGACUAGUCUACAUGGCGAACGAAUGCCUGACCGGGUUGGGACUGAGUCCAUACGUGAUCAAGACUUACGCACCGCCCGGAAUUGUCGGCGUCGUGGUGAUGGUGAGCGUGUUGGUGGGUACAUGGGCGUUCGCGGCGAAGGGAAAUUUGGCGGAGGGGUCUUUUGUCCGAGUGUUUGUUAUCCCCCACUUUACUUCCGGGUUGGCGAACAGUGGUGGAUCGGGCUGAUUUCGAUAGCUACCUCUUGCAAAAUUACCACCCACUGGCGGAUUUGCUUAUGAAGACCCAUCUGAUUGGUCUUGUCAGCAUCGUCGCGAUUCACCUAGCUGAGUGCAUACAUCUACAAAGGACCCGACUGCGUAAGCACCAGGUCGAAACUUUCUCCAAGGUUUGGUGGCUGUGGAUGAUGUCUGGCUCUCUCGAAGGGUUCGGAGUGUUUACAAGAUUUGAUAAGGAGGUGGAGGAGGUAAUCAAGGCUAAGACGCAUUGAGCCUGGAUGUUUACUUGUUCAUUAGCUCAUUCUCACCAUUGCCGUAUCAUAUCAUACCUCUUCUCUUGUUCUCCACGAUUUACUACUCGAGUACACCACACUUCUCUUUCCAAACACCAUAGACAGAAAUCCAACA